AUGAGUCUAGGCGAGUCCAUAAUUGCUUCAACUGUCACUGCCGGUAGUCCUACAGUGCUGUGGAAGAAACACGACCGCCGAAUCUUGGGCGUUCCAAUCGUGGAUCGUUUGGCAAGUUAUGUUAACUCGAGGGUCUCGAGGAGCAGCUUAGGAUGUGGCCAUGUUCAAAAUCUGGGAAACUCGAGCUGCAGCAGCUUCAUAUCUCACAGCCCGACCCCGUCUCAGAUGGAGAUGAUCAGUAAACGCUUUGGUGUCGGUGUCUCGGUGGAGAUCAAAUGA